AUGAGCGUCAAUAGCGAAUGGUUCAAAGAGAAUGCAUACUUCAAUUUGCCUGUCUUUCACUUCAGUCAUGAUGACACUGUCCCUAUCGACGCUGCAGGCUUGGACAAUGACUUUGAGCCUGUCAAAAUGCCCAGUAUCUCCUCUGCUGGGCUUAAUUCUGACCACGUAGCAAGAAUGGCUUGGGCUGCUCUCCCUCAAUGGGCCUUUGAGGAUCCCGAGCUUGCAGAUCGACUGAUGGGUGCUGCAGAUAAAGCUCUUGACAACUUGCCAAUUAUUGACGAAGAACAAUUGUGGCUGAACUUCCAACCAAAGUUCUCUCCAAUUUGCGAAGUGUGGGACGGGAUUCGACAUCUUGUGUGGUCGAAGCAACGUAAUGUGAAUGAUAGUAAAGAUUGGUUUAAGAAUGUACUGCUUGACUCUAUCUGUUACACUACGGAAAAGCUUUUCCAUACCAACAUUCUGGCAGAAACCCAGUUCUACCACGAUAAAUCGAAAGUGGAUACUGCCGAGUACGUGGAUAUUAUGAUCUCUGAAGGCAACAGCCAAGCAAAACUAUUCCUCGUUGAAAUGAAAACAGUGCCUGUUUUGGAACAAUGCAUGGAAAAAGUAUACACUCAAGAGAUACACAACGUCAAUAUGACUGAAAAGGAGAACUCUCUGGAUGAUGUUUUUCUCAAGGCCAUCUGGUAUUUACUUAUUUUUCGUGAGAAGUGGAUUGUGCUCGGGAGUGUCAAACACUUAAUUGUCCUUCGACUUCUUGAGGACCCGGUUGGCCGGCCGUGUAUUGCAUACACGAAAGCUAUUGAGCAAGAUGGGAAGUCAGACGUUUUCCGGGUUUUGCUGGGUUUAGUCCUUGUCGAAUUGGGCCAUGAAGAAGUACGAAUGCCGGACAUUAGCAAGGAGGUCCCAAAAAGCAAGAAACGCAAACCAAGCAACCACGAUGAUGAGGACUAUGUCGAUCAGAACAACAAAUCCGAUGACAGUGAUGGCGAUGGCGGCGGUCCAAGAGCUGGCCCGAGUACCGGGUCAGAUCGUGCAGGAACCAGCAGGACCACUACUAGCAGUAGUAGAUAUUCUAGCAAGACACUUCGCGCGAGUGGGACCCUCUUUGGCUCAGAAACAAUACUUGUACCUGAGCCGGGAGUGCAAUUCCCUCCCUUUCCAACGUCUGAAGCCCCUGUCCUUGAAGUAGUCCAAUCUAUUGCACGAGGUGCAACUGGUCGCGUCUACCGGGCAAGAUUGGCAACUACUAGCAUUUCCCAUGGCGUGAAACCAAAAUUCUUCGCCCUCAAAGUUGUAGAUACCUCGUGGAAAGCACAACGAGGGGAGGAGAGAAACGUUUCCCAGGACGUCUACGACGAAUUUGUUAAUUACUGCAUUUUCCAACUGGGAAAAAUCCACCUACCCAAUCUACGAAGGAGGAUAGAGCAAUGCACAGCAACGUGCUACGGACUAUAUAGUAUCACAGGAAUUAAUGCAAAUUCCAAUACGUUACUUCCGAAGUAUGUGUUAAUCACCGAGGAUGCAGGAGAGGCAAUCAAUCUGCCGUAUGGUAUGAUAGAGAGUCUUGAGGAGAAAUACGCCGUGUUGAAUUCUUUUGUGUGCAUUCACUCAUUAGGAUUUUCUCACAAUGACCCUGAACCGCGGAACGUUAUCUUCGACAAAACAUCCAAAGAGUACAAGGUCGUUGACCUCUGCAAUGGGUCGUGGCACACUACUCUCGACUGGAAGAGACACCUUUGUGACUCCAUCAAAGAUUGCCAUGAGCUACAGUAUGUGUCGAGGGAACUUGGGUUUUCUGACAUAGAAGCUCUCGAACGCUUUCGAGAGAGGGUUGUAAGGAAACCAAAGGUCUGCAACCUCCGAAAGCAACUAAAGCUUAUGGGUUCCCUGGAGCUGGAAAGCAUUGCACCCCGUUUGCGGAACUUCACAUCCGUACAUAAUGACUGGUAUUAUCAGUAG